AUGACAGUCACGACUAAUGAGGACAAUAUACGGCUGAUUGUCGUUCCAGGCAACAUACAGACCCCGUUUAAGACCAUCAAGCCUUACAAGGGUUUCCAGCUGGUGGUCAACGAUGGACUGGUGUACGAGCUCAACAAGACGAAUUUUAGAGAUCCGCACAAUGCAACACAGAAACUAACCAAGAAGCAACAGCCACUCAAAACCAUCUUCCUAGCCGCUUUGGACGCGUCCAUGGAUAGCCUCAUGGUGGGAAAUAAUUGCGAGCUCUGGAUAGCUACCAAAUACAACCCCGUGUAUCUGCUGCUGGAUUUUUUCACGGACGCGUUGAGCCGCGAACAUGUGCGCAUGGUAAGCUUCCAGGACCUGCUGGAACAAUUCGAAGGCUGUGAGACGCUUCAAGAGCUGUUGGAGAAUGGCGUGGACUUGCAAAAGCCGCUGCUGCAAAUAUGUGAGAGCGUUGACGAAAAUGACGAGACGUUUUACAAGCCCUCGAUGCAGAAAAUCAUCGGCUAUCUCAGCUCCAAAGUAAACCAUUUGGCACAGAAUUUGCCGUCUGCGCUAGUCGCUUCUGCAAAGAAAAAGCUUGCAUUGCCCGGCUUCGAGCCAACAGACGAGGUGCUGCAGGUAAGCAAAAAGCAGCUCGCAAUUGAGCUAAUCAGCUCCUACGUGGACGCAAAGUACCUGAACGACCUGAAAAAGCUGUAUUCGACGGAGAUCCUGGACUCCUACAUGGUAGAAUACAAGCGAAAAGAACAAUCGACCGCGCUGGCAGAGGAAAACAUUAAUACACUCAACGGGAUGAACGCGGCAAACCCCAAGAAACGCAAAGUUGAGAAAAAAGUAGUGCGCAAAGAGGUGAAAAAAGUCGCUGUCGGCAAAGGAGCACUCGACGGCUUCUUCAAGAAAAAGGUGUAG